AUGAGAGAUUACGACGCGUGCUUCACAGGCUUCCUAGAAGCGAAAAACAUAGAAUUCGCGAAGGAGGUCUUUCGCGACAUGGUCUCAAACGGUAUUCUUGCAAAGACGGGGUUUGCGAAAGAUGUGGAGGAAGUGCUGAUGCGACUUCACAUGUUGUACCGUCUAGCCACAGACUUGUCUAGCAUGACUAGCAUUGCUCUUCAUGCCAUCGAACUACUACCACAAUCUUACUACGGGCAGGUGUUUGGAGAUUGGAUGAAAUUCACCGUCGUCCAACAGGCUCCUGAGGCUGCUGCACAGAUCCUCGAUAUGAUGUAUCGACAAGGCUACCCUCCAGAGACGUUUCAUUUCAAUAUGCUUCUCAGAGCUUUCAUACGAACAAAGGAGUCUCCAAAUGUGCUCCAGGCUGAGAACAUUGGUUGGCGCAUGAUUGAUGAAGCCCGAAAGGCGCACCGGAAGAAUACCAGGCCAUUUUUAAGCCAAAAGGGUACCAGCCACGAAAAUGCUCCGACGCCCGAAGGUCUACAAGCUGCGCGAAAACUUCCGGUCGCCGAUGUCGACACCUUCGCACUCAUCAUGCACCAUCAUGGCAAAAGCCUGCAGUGGGAGCACGUCGAAUAUUUGUCGCGUCAGCUCAAAGAAACGUCGAUUGCUCCCAACGCGACCAUCAUGAACGUCCUUGUCGACAACAAAAUUCGACAAGGUGCAUACGCAGAAGCCUGGUCCAUCUACAGUCAGCUCACAAACCCAGCUAAAGGCGGAUCAAUCACGGGCGUUUUCCCCGACGGUGCAUCUAUUCGUUCUGUCUGGAAGAUGCUGCGACUUGCCCUCGGCGACCACGCUACAAGGCACGAGUCCGGGUUGCCAAGACCUCGAGAACUCCUGAAAGAGACGGUGGAAUGGUGGGCACUGGUUCGCGGCCGCUACGAUGCUGAGCGAUUCCGCAUGGGACUUGUGGGCGGGAAUUACACUGCGAUUUCCGCGCUCAUGUUGCAUUGCUUCUCAUAUACGCAAGACUUACCAGGUUCACUCGUCGCAUUGCACGUUCUGCGACACAAUUUCCAUAUCUUCCCUACGACCAAAGACGUCAACAUCUUGCAGCGUCAGAUGGCUUGGGUCGACUUAAGUCGCGAGUCAGCAUCCUCUCGGUCCCAGUACUUCCACAGCCGCAGUAAUCGGGUACGCACUGACAAGAUCGGCAAAAUCUACCUGAUGCUGUUGCAGCAGCGCGCGGAACGAAUGCAAUUGACUCGGGAUGGCGCGAAGGCUUUGACAGAAGAGCAGAAAGGUGACAUAAAUCUCAAUCUUCUGAGUGAGUUCACUCGAUCUGUAAUGAAGAGGGAGUACCCAGAAGAGCUUGUGGAGGUGAUGAUUGAUGCAGCGAGGCGCAAGCUUGUACAAAUCGAGGAAGUUUAUUGA